ACUUUCCGAGUAAGUGCAACCUACCAGAGUGCCUCUAGUCCGUGGUGCAUAGUCCUGGGCAUUCCUACACACACAGUCUCCUGUGGCCUCAACAUGAGCUAUUCGAAGUUUGUUUGUGUGGUGACUCUGCUCUUAGGACUGCUUCAACUCCAGCCCGGCGGGACCCGCGUGUCCACGGAGGUUCCCAAGGGCCCUCUGUAUCGGGCCGUCGGCCAUCAGCUCAGCAUCCCCUGCCAUGUGAGGGGCAUCAACGACAGCGCAAGCUGGAUCGAGUUCGAGUUCCGUAUGCAACACCAGGGAACUAAUCAUGACAUCAUCAGCACCAGAGAUCCAAACCAUGGGGAUGUCCUCUUUAGUGACCGUGUGCGCACCAAGACGAUCAGCGUGGAGCGCAGGGACCCCACCUCGGUGGUGUUCACCAUCACCGAUCUGAAGGCGAGCGACGAGGGGGAGUACGAGUGUGCUGUGGUGAACCAGGAAGGCAGCUACGAUGGAGACUACUCUGCCAAGAUCAUCGUGAAAGUGAUUAAAGACACCCUGAGAGUCUCCUCCCUGGCCCCCACCUCGCUGAGCCUGGAGGAAGGCGACGCGCUCACUCUAAUUCUCAAGGCCUCAAGCGACACCGUCCAGAGAACAAACCUGUCGGUCACCUGGUACCUCCAACCGGACGGGGAAAAGCACCCCCACCCGAUCGUCUCCCUGGACCGGGGCCUGACCCAGAGUCCCGGGCCGAGGUUCAGAGAACGCUACGGAGCCGGGGGCGUUCAGCUGGUCAAAGUGGGCGAGGACACGUACAAGCUGAGCAUAGCCAAAGUAGAACUGUUGGACCAGGGAGAGGUCUACUGCCAGGCUGUGGAGUGGAUCGAGGGCCCUGACGGACACAGGAACCCAAUCUCCUCGAAGCUCUCAGAGAAAACCCCUUUGAAGGUUAAAGCUAAAGGCAACGAGAGGGCAUCCUCAGGCUCUGGACCUUCUCCAGGGGUCCUUCCAGGCAUCCUCACAUAUCUGAUCGCGUUGGUCCUACUGGCGUUGGUCUGGUGAUGAUGAUACAGGGCCAAGGAGAUGGACACCCCCCUGAAGUCCCAGCCCACCCUGGAGGACUGAAGGAGAGGAGGAGAGGAAGGGAAGCAGUAGGGGAGGAGAAGGAGAGCAGGGGGUAAAUGAGAGAGAAGAGAGUGUAGAGCAGGGAGUAAAAGUGAGUUAGUUAGUUAGUUGUCCCCUUAGGGAAAUUAUUUUUCAGUUUCCUUCAUUCAUUUCUCGUCAUAGGCACAUUAAGAACAUACAUAAGACAUUUAUAGAGUUGACAUUGAUGACGGACAUACAUUGGGGUUCGGUACAGGGGGAUACAUACAUUGUCUGUGGGGCUUUGCUUUGUUCAGGAAUGGGAUGGCGGAUGGGGGGGGGGGGGUCAGGCCUCUGCUGAAACAGGCUUUGUUGCAUCUUAUCUCCGUUCUAGAUGGAGAUGAGGGAGUAAAGGAGAGAGGAGACGGAGAGGAGGGAGUGAAGGAGAGAGGAGACGGAGAGGAGGUAGUGAAGGAGGGAGGGGAGGGAGUGGAGGGAGUAAAGGAGAGAGGAGAGAGGAGAGGGAGAGGAGGGAGUAAAGGAGAGAGGAGAGGAGAGCAGGGAAUAUUGGAGAGAUGGGAAAAAAGAGGUUGUGUAGCAUCUUAUCCUAGCUUUGUUUUUUGUAUGCGGGAAUGGAUAAACCUAGCAAUUGUUAGUUAUUGGCACAUGGCUCUAUGAACAUCCUGUACCGACAGCGAUACAUUGUUUCUAUUUCUUCUGACAAUUGCACUGAUUGUAAGCCGCUUUUGAUAAAAGUGUUUGAGCUCGCUGCCUUGAAUGUAGAUGCAAGGGGGGCUAUAAUUUCCCUCAACAAUGUCAAAUGCAUCUACUGUUAGGUGAAUUGUUCAACUCGUAAAGACCAUAACUUAUACAUUCAUGGCAAUAAAUAAAACAAGUUUGUUGAAAAUGUA